AUGGGUGGGCUGCAGGACAUUGCGAAACAACAUGCCGCGCGGUCAAACCCAACUAGCAGUUCCUCGAUGGCUUCCUAUGGGAGCAUCCCGGUGACCGCAUCCUCAGCAGAUUUAAUAAGCCUGAACCGUAUGCAAACCUCGUCAGCCGCAUAUGGAGAGCCGUCUUACGCGACAGCAACCGCCGCAUCUCCCGUUCACGCAACCUACUCCGCAUCGCCGACACCGUAUGAUCAAAGCAUCCCAGGGUAUGCACAGGCACCCAUGCGCUCCACAUUUGCUCUGGCACCAGAAGCCGACAGAAGGUAUUCACAACCAGGAAUUCCCCAGGAUGACCGUCGCAGCUUCGCCGAUGCCCUUGACGCCGGACAAGGUAUGCUCGCCAUGAGCCAAGAGACACCUAGGGCCAUCUAUCCACCUGCCAACGGCCGUGGACGAGGAUCUGCAGACUCAUAUGGUUUCCCUUCGACACACUCGACAAGCUCCUCGAUAUCGUCAGCCAGCAACUACGGUUCCAACAGCUACUACGCAGGCUCCAUUGACUCGUCUGUGAGCGACUACUCAACGGCCGGUUCAGAUAUAGAGUCUGCCACGUCACGGACAUUACCCCGACCGAACUUGAUGACUCAGCCCCCGCCUGCACCCCAAUCCAUGAUGGGCCAAUUCAGCUCCAAGGUCUCAUCGAGCACUCAGAAAAAGCACAAGUGCAAAGUCUGCGACAAGAGGUUCACUCGACCGAGUUCAUUACAGACACACAUGUACAGUCACACCGGCGAAAAGCCAUUCUGCUGUGAGGUUGAAGGCUGUGGAAGACACUUUUCCGUGGUAUCAAAUCUUCGACGCCACCGCAAAGUUCACAAGAAUGACGCGAAGUCUGAUGCGGGGUCGGAAGACCACCACGACUCCGACUGA